GGCGGGGCCUGGCCCGGGAGGGGGCGCGCCUGCCUGUGGGGGGCGCUGAGAGGCCGGCCUCGGGACUGCAGGCGGUGCGGUUGGCGGCGGGCCGCGAUCUCUCAGGUCACAACCAAAUGCCUUGAGCUCCAGGAGACCUAAAUUCCUUCACUGUUAUUGUUUUCAUGUUAACUGUUGACAGUUAACUAUCCUGCACCCUCCCAGAAACCAUGAAUAAAGGCUCUGAAAUCCACAUUUUUUGGGGUGCUCCAAGUGGUCCAUUGAAAAUGAUGGUAUCACAGGAACCAACUUCUUUAAUAUCUACUACUGACCCCUGGAAAAAAGUUCAGCUUUUAUACAAUCAACAUUCUUUACAUCUGAAGGAUGAAAAAUGCAAAAAUAAAAAUGUGGAAGAUUAUCAAAUCCUAGAAGCAGCUGCCCCUCCAGAUCUUCUUAAUGGUCAUUUUUUAGGAAGCUCUCUGAGUAGAUCUGUUUCUGUGAAAGAUGACUGUAUAUUCUGUAUUUCCGAAACACAGACUCAAAAAUUCCAGAAGAGUUACCCCUUAGGGAUGAGUGACAUAACUAAAUCUGAUGUCCAAAUACGUGAAUGUAAGGGCCGAGUUCAGCAUUUAACUGGAGAGGAAGAAUGUCAGAAGCUUUUCAGUGAAAAUAAGAAAAUCACAGUUGAACAGCAUAAACAGCAAUCACAUAUGUGUAGUCAAAAUGUCCAAAAACAUUUGUUUCAGUUAGACCAUGAGUGUGCAGCUGCUUGGGAUUUGGUGUGUAAUACUGAGCAGAUUAAUACAGGGCCAGGAGCUAUCGGCAUGAGGUGUAUGCCAACAGAGCAUCAUGGAACUCAGAACCGGGGUCUGGAAAAGAGCUCUUUGGCCACACGAGGUAAGCCCAGGGCUGCGGGAGCUGUCGGGAAGGUCUUGGACCUUACGACAUCUACUGAAACGGAAUUCCUCAGUGUAAUGACCUCCAGCCAGUUUGCCUUUUUAGCUCAAAGGACAAAUGAAGGGGAGAGUUCUAUAAAUAAAAGGACAGUGAACACGGAGGUGGAAGCUGAAGCAAGUCCUGGGGAAAUAAAAAUAACUGAAGAUAAUUUGAUUCAGCCUGAUGAUGAUUUUGUAGAAAGAUAUGAAAGGAGGCAAAGCCAAGCAUAUUCCCUUGAACUUUUCAGUCCUGCUUUUCCUGAAACAAAAAGUAGCCACAUUCACAUAAAGUCUGGUAAAGGUCUUAAAGAAAAUGUGGGAUCUCAAGAACUUUUCGGUUUUGAUGAUAAACUGCCAUCAAAUGAGGUAUGUAUUGAGCCAUGUAGGUCCGGAAUCCUGUGUUCUCAAGUAAAUGCUUCCCACAAAAGUCCUACGAAGCAGAAUGGGACCUCUGAAGGGAAAUCCGGCCGUCUCAGAGUCCGUCACGUUUCUAAGAAAACGAAGUUGGUUUCUAAUGCAGGAGGUCCUACUACAGCAAAAGACCAGAGGAGUGUGUCGGAAUUCAAGGGUAUUAAAGAAACAACAUUAAUAAGAAAUUGUGAUUCCAAAAGUCAGAAGUAUAAUUGUUUGGUCCUGGUGCUAUCUCCAUGUCAUGUGAAAGAAAUAAGUAUAAAAUCUGGACCGAAUUCGGGCUCUAAAGUGCCGUUGGCAGCAGUUGAGGUAACUGACCAGUCUGCAGCGAAGAGGCGGGUCUUUCUGUGGAGGAUGGCUGCAUUUUGGGCCGUUACAGUGUUCCUGGGAGACGUCGUUUUACUCACAGAUGUUACUGUUUGUGAAGAUCAUUGGGUUGGUGAGACAGUACUACAAUCAACAUUUACCACUCAGUUAUUAAAUCUUGGGAGCUAUUCGUCUGUCCAGCCUGAAGAGUAUUCCAGUAUAGUUAGUGAUGUUGUACUUCAAGACUUACUGGCAUACGUAUCUUCAAAGCAUUCCUAUCUCCGAGACCUCCGUCCACGGCCGCCCCAGGAAGUGAGCAAUGUGGAGUUUGUGGCUCUGGAGCAGCUCCAGCCCGGUCUGCUAGUCCAUGCGCUGCUCAGAGUGGUGGAUGUCACUGUACUGACAGAGGCGGUAUAUAGUUAUAGAGGACAGAAGCAAAGGAAAGUUCUGUUAACAGUGGAACAGGUCCAAGGUCAACAUUAUGUGCUUGUGUUAUGGGGUCGUGGAGCAACCUGGUACCCUCAACUUCAAAGGAAAAAAGAUUAUAUUUGGGAAUUUAAAUAUCUUUUCGUUCAGCGCAAUUACAUCCUAGAAAACCUAGAAUUGCAUACAACACCUUGGUCAUCCUGUGAGUGCCUGUUUGAUGAUGAUAUAAGGGUUAUUACAUUUAAAACAAAAUUUCAAAAAUGCUUGUCCUCUUUUGUGAAGAUGUCAGAUUUAGCAACACACCUGGAGGAAAAGUGUUCAGGAGUGAUUCUAGUCAAAGCCCAGAUUUUAGAGCUAGUGUUUCACGCUGCAACAGCCCAAAAAAUAGUUAUAAAUGCUCACAGUUCUCUGAAGAGCAUUUUCUCUUCCCUUCCCAACAUCACGUAUACUGGCUGUGCAAAGUGUGGACUGGAACUAGAAACAGAUGAGAACAAGAUCUACAAACAGUGUUUUAGCUGUUUGCCAUGUACUACAAAGAAAAUAUACUACAGGCCAGCUUUAAUGACCAUAGCUGAUGGACUAUAUAAGGUCUGCGUUCAUGUAGGAUCAAAGCUGAUGGAGAAGAUUCUUCUCAACAUUUCUCCUGACUGGCUCAGCAGAGUUAUAGCCCCGCCCUCGGAGGUCACCUAUGGCUUGGUUGCAGCGGACAUGCUCCACUCCUUGUUGGCAGCCUGCGGAGCGCCUUGUGUCCUGAAAGUGCAGAGCCUCUUUGUGUUGGAGGAAAACAGCUACCCGCUGCAACAGGACCUCUCCCUGCUGGACUUCUCGCCUGCCUGGGGAGCAUGCUCCUAGCCCUCCCUGAGGCCAGUGGAGACCACUGAAAGGAUUUGUUUCCAGCCCAAUGAAUGGCAGGGCUUUUGCUUGGGGUUUUUAAAUACACAGGUGUGGGCAAAGUAUGUUUACAGUUGUUCAUAUGAAAAAUAAUACAAUAAUAAAUACAUCCUAUACAAUAAAACUAUUUCCUGGAGGGAUUGGGCCUAAGGUGGCAGGUGGACUUCCCCUGAAGGGUUCAGACUGUGAGAGGAUGCAGGCCGGGCUGAGGGACCUCCCCAAGUGCAUGAAUUUUGUGCACCAGCCCACUAUAUUAUAAGAGCACACUUUCACAUGCAACUAUAACCCUACUUUUGCUCACCCUUGUAUUUUAUUAAGAGCUAAAUAAAGAGUUAAAUAUGUAAAAUAAAACAUUUUUCUAAGAAAA